AUGGAUAAGGUUAAUUCAAUCACUACUAGAUGGAAUGGCUUACACAUCUCUUUGGCUGGUAGAGUGGAAUUAUGCAGAGCUGUGAUCACCCCUCUGCUUCACUACUGGACCUCGGUUUAUUCUUUACCUGCUGCAGUCAUUAAUAUUAUUGAGAAGAGAAUGAGGAAUUUCAUUUGGGGCCAUGAUGACAUUAAUCUCAAAAUGCAUGGUUUAAAUUGGAAGAAGUUAGCUGCUCCAAAAGAAGAGGGAGUUAGAGAGGUUAUUAGGAGUAACAGCAGAUUUAAAAUUGGCAAUGGUAAUACUAUUAAGCUCUUCCUUGAUCCAUGGUGUGAUGGGAAUUUCUUAUCAGAUUUUUAUAGUUAUAGGGUGCUGCAUCGACUCAGUAGGGAUAAAAAGAAAAAUAUUGGAGAUUUUAUUGAUGAAGGGCAAUGGAAUGUGGAUUUGAUUCCAGUGGAGUUGCAUCAGUUUUUCUUCCAGUAUAAUAUUCAAGGGGGUGCGGAUAAAUUUUAUUGGCACGAAACUCAUUUUACUUUCAAAUCAGCUUGGCAUGCUUGUAGGAUUAAAAUUCAAGAGGUUUUCUGGUUUAAUCUUUGUUGGAAUGAUGGAAGGCCCAGGUGGUCCGCCUAUGCGGUUUUGGUUUUGCAAAAUGCAGUCAUUACCAAUACAUACUUGCAGCAGAAAGGCUUUUCUUUGGCUUCUAAAUGUGUGCUGUGUUGUAAGAGUAUUGAGAGUGGUGAUCACCUCUUUUGUUGCUGUGAUUUUUCCUGGAAAGUAUGGAUGAGUUUGGUUGAUAUUUGUCAUUGGAUUUUACAACCUUUUGAUUCAAUUCAAGCGUUGGCUUUGGAUUAUGCUCUGAAAUUCAAAGUGAAUUCUACAAGGACAAAGUUUUAUAGGAUGAUUUUCACUGCAACUCUAUAUUACCUUUGGAAGGAACGGAAUGCCAGAUUGCAUAAUGAUUUUUAUACUUCUCCAAAUGAUUUAGCUAAGUGUGUUUUCUGGGAUACUAUGGAUAUCUUGGGAGUUUGUCUCCAAUAUGUUGUCUCAGGCUUUUAA